AUGGUUGUAAGUUACCAUAAAGGGUGUUUACAAAUUUGCUACUACUACUACUACUACUACUACUACUACUACUACUACUACUACUACUACUACUACGACACACAGCCUAAUUCCUUCAGAAUUCAACUAAGGGAUAAACAAUUACACAAUAACUUAUGA